AAAAAUUUUUGACUAUUUUUCGUAUUACGAAUAAAACGAUUGUCUUUCUAUUCUUAUUAAAGUUUGUUCAGAAAUAAAACCAACUAAAAAAAAAACUCAAAAAUCAGUAAAAUACAAUGAAGAAUUUUUUGAGACUGCUCUCAGUCUUUCUGAUAGUAACAAUUGUUACUUCAUACAUUUGCCCCGAAAAAUAUAGAAAAAAUUGCAAUUGUAAAAAAAUUGAUAAUACAAUUAUACAAUUCUCAUGUAUUCAUCCCUCAGUCACUAUAAAUGAAAUCAAUCCUCAACUAUAUGUAAAUUCUAUUGAAACUUUAGAAUUUACCAUAAAAUGCAUAAAUUCAAUUAGUUUAAACAAUUUUAAUAAUGACAUUAAUUUUGGAAAAUUAUAUUUAACAACUAUUGUUCAAGACAAUUGUAUUAUUAUCAAAAAUGCAGAUGCACAGAAAAUUAAAGAACUAAAUGUUGCCGAUUAUAUUCAAAAAAUUAAUUAUUUAGAAUAUCCUAAAAAUAAUAAUAAUAAUAAUAAUAAUAAUAAUAAUAAUAAUAAUAAUAAUAACAAUCCAUAUAAAUAUGUAUAUUCACAGCCUGAAUUAAAAAUUAUAGGCCUAACAUUUUUACGAAUAGUGCCUGAAAGAUUUUUAGAAAGUGUUCUUAACACUUUAUAUUUAACGAUAAAAAAAUGUUCUUUUGAAAUAAUUAAUGAAAAUGCAUUUAGUCAUUUAACGACAAUAUUAAAAUUGGAUUUGUCGGAGAAUAAAUUAAAGUAUAUUCAUCCUAGAACAUUCAAUACUUUAACUAAACUAACUGAUCUUGAUCUCAGUGACAAUCAAUUGGAAAUUCUUGAUGAUAAUAUUUUUCAAAAUUUAAAACAACUUAAUAAACUGAAUCUUCAACGAAAUAAACUCACAACAAUAUCAGAAUUCUUCUUAAACAAACUACACAAUUUGAUAGUAUUUAAUGCAGCUGACAAUUCAAUAGAUACAAUUCAUAGAAAUGCAUUUAUAAAUUUAUUAAAGUUAGAACGAAUAAGUCUUGCAAACAAUAAUAUGACAGAUAUUUCAUCUUUAAGUAAAAAGACUAAAAUAUCAAAUAUUGCCGCAUUUUGGAAUAAUUAUUCAGUAUUUUUUCCCUGUAAUAAUCUAAUAGAAUUGGAUCUUUCCUUCAAUAAAAUUGAAAUAUUUUAUGACGAUUGGAUUGAAUUAUCCGAAAUGAAAUUAAAGUCCUUAAAUCUUUCGCACAAUCAGAUAACGCAUUUUAAAUUAAAACACAAUUUUACAAUGAGAUCAGACUUUUACAUUGACUUAACCAACAAUCAAAUAGAAGGAAUUGAAUUAUUUUCAUUAUCAUCAAUAAAAUUUUUGACAUUAUUUAAAAUGCAUAUAGAUGCAAGAGAUAAUCCUAUUAUUUGUGACUGUGUAAAUGAUAAAUUUUUACAGUUCACAAAGGGCAAUAUGGAAAAGAAAAUUUAUCAACAUUUAGAUAUAAAUACAAAUAAUUUAAAAUGCAAUGGACCAAAAAAACAUGAGGGGAAAAUAUUUUCUACUUUAACCAGUGAUCAUUUAUCGUGUGAGAUAACUAUUAAAACUUCUAAUGAUAAUAAAAAAUCAUGUACUCCAACUUAUUAUCUUGAAAAACAACUAUCAUUAAUAAAUUGUUCCAAUAUUGGUUUUACAAUGGUUCCGAGUAAUCUUGGAAUUAUUAUUACUUUUGAUAAUGAAUUGAAUUUUGAAAAUAAUAAUUUAGAACAUAUUCCCAUGUUUGGUAGUGAGGAAAUAAAAUUUAUUACGAAAUUAAUACUUUCUGGAAAUAAAAUUAAAAGUCUCUCUGGUAUUAAUGCGUAUGUGAAUCUUAAGAUUUUAGAACUUAAUAAUAAUGAAAUUCAAGACGUAAAUAAUAAUGACAUAGAGAUUUUGAACUCUUUAAAAAAACUCGUACGCAUUACUUUAAAUGGUAAUCCUUUGAAAUGUGGAUCAAAUUUUCAAAAACUUAAAAAUAUUAUUAAAAUUGAAGAUAGAUAUAAACUAACUUGUCGUAAUGAAUCACCAACAUUGAUUGAAAAAAAACAACUUUAUUCUGAAUCUGCGCAUCUUUUAUGUGCUUUACCUAGAGAUGAGGUGGAGAAAAUUUGGAUAAAUAGUUGUUCUAUCCAACCUGAUAGAAAAGUAUAAUACUAGUACAAUACCAGUACGUCGUACUUCUGAAAUAAACAAAUAAUACUCGUACUAUACAAGUAUAAUAGAGACGCAUGAUUAUGUUCUAAAAAUCAUUAGUUUUUCAUUUUUUCGUAUUUCAUUUGUCAUAAUUAUUAUUUUUGCGCCGAAUUUUUAUUUAUUCGAAUUAGUAUUUUACAGAAUUUUCAUUAAAACAAUUUUCUAUAUUAUAAAAUUUUUAUAUAACCAAAAAUUCACUUCACAAAAUUUUUAUUUAUUCGAAUAUUUAUUUGUUAGAAUUUUAUUUGCUCGAAUUUUAAUUUAACAUAAUAGGCAUUUUAAAGAAUUUUUAUUGGGUAGAAUUUCAUUGCAAAGAAUUUUCAUUUUAUUCUUUCAGAUGAAUUUUACAUUUGUUCGAAUUAUUAUUUGAUAUAAUUUCCAUAUAACCGAUUUUUCAUACUACAAAAUUUUUACUUAACCGAAAAAUCAUUUAAUAGAAUUUCUAUUUCAUAGAAUUUUCAUUUGUCCGAAAUUGCAAAUGGUUGAACAAACAAUCGAUUUUGGCGCGAUUUUAAAAAUCAAGUAAUCACAAUUUUAUGGAUAAUUUUUAAUUGAAUGAUUUUAAAAAUCGCGCCGAAAUCUUUCUGUCAAUUGUUUGUUCGGACAUUUGAAAUUUCGGACAAAUGAAAAUUCUAUCAAUUAGAAAUUCUGUUUAAUGAUUUUUCGGUUAAGUAAAAAUUUUGUUGUAUGAAAAAUCGGUUAUAUGGAAAUUAUAUCAAAUAAUAAUUCAAACAAAUGAAAAUUCAUCUGAAGGAAAAUUCAACACAGAAAAUUAAAAGGCAUUAAAAUAAGCUGCAACGCUUAUUAUUUUAAUCCAAUUUUGCUUAUUUUAAUUCAUUUUGGUAUUAAAAUAAGCAAAAUUGGAUUAAAAUAAUAAGCGUUGCUGCUUAUUUUAAUACCUUAUAAUUUUCUGUGAAUACAAUGAAAUUCUACCCAAUCAAAUUUUUUUAAAAUGCCUAUUAUGCUAAAAUGAAAAUUGGAGCAAAUAAAAAUUCGAACAAAUAAAAAUGCUGUGAAGUGAAUUUUCGGUUAUAUAAAAAUUCUGUAAUUACAGAAAAUCGUUUUGAUGAAAAUUCUACAAAAUACUAAUUCGAACAAAUAAAAAUUCGGCUCAAAAAUAAUGACAAAUGAAAUUUCAUAAAAUAAAAAUUCUAACUAUAAUGAUUUUUAGAACGUAAUUAUGUGUCCCGUAUAAUAAUGGUACGUCAAAGUGUCAAAAAAUGGCCUUUUUGGCACCUACAACUUUAAUCUCCAAAAAAACAAAAACCUGUGUGGCGAUAUGUAGGGGAGACCGGGGUUACUUGGCGCACUUUUUACUCUUUGUUGUGUAACUCACUCAUUUUUGCUUUUUUUAAAAAGUUAAUGUUUAGAAAACUUGUUGUAAUAUAUCAGCUUUAAUUUAAAAAAAAGAUAGUUAAAAUAUAUUUAAUACUUUUAUUUUUAUACCACUUUAUUUGAAGCUGUGCAAAGCGCGCCAAGCAACCCCGGCCCGGGGUUGCGUGGCGCAGGAGUGAAAUUAAAAUUAAAUUAUAUGAUUUAAAGUUUAAAUAAUAUAAGACUUAACAAAAUAAAUCUUGUACUGUAAUUUUACAAUAAAAUUAUUUUAAAUUUAAAAAUUAGAAAAUUUCAUUUAAAUUAAAUGAAAUCGUAAAAUUACCAAAAAAUAUAUAUUUUUUUGAUAAUAACGCUGUGAAUAUUUAAAAACCAUUAUUCGGUUAAAUUUUUUGAAUAGGAUUGUUAUUGGUGCUUAUUAAUGUGUAAAUUUCAUAUAAUCAACUUCAUUUUAUUAAUAUUUAACGAAAUUUUCAGAUAACCGCGCCACCUAACCCCGAAUGUACUUUUGAAAUAUGUAUUAAUUUUUUAUAAAAACUGUUAAUAUAAAUCAAAAAUUUUUUUUUGUUUCUUAAUAAAAAAUGUAUAGAGCUCAAAACUUGAGCUCUUCUAAAAUUAAUUUUUUAAAGAGAUAUCACAAAAAAAUGAAGAGGUUAAAAAAUUACUUUGGAGUGCCAAAAUCAGUUAUUUUAAUCUAUACUCCACGCAAUAAUUAAUGAAUAUUAAUGAAAUUUUGUACAAACUUACAGUUCAUCAAGUACUCUAAGCAGAAUAAAGAGAAAAAUUAAUGUAACUUAACACUUUUGAAUAAACUCAAGUGCGCCAAGCAACCCCUGCGCCAAACAGCCCCGGUCUCCUCUAUUAGAAAAUUUUGUGGAUAAAUUUUUUACCAUGUGAGCAUAGCAGUUUCAAAAGGAGAGCGAAUUUUUUAAAAAAAAAAUAAUGGUCAGAAUUUUUAUUUACACGAAUUGUUAUUUGAUAGAAUUUCUGAAACAGCGAAUUUUCAUUUGAUAGAAAUUACAGAUGGCCGAACAAACAAACGUCAGAAAGAUUUCGGCGCAAUUUUUAAAAUAGACCAAUCAGAAAUUAUUAAGAAAAUUGUGAUUGGUUUAUUUUAAAAUUAACGCCGAAAUCUUUCUGACGCUUGCUUGUUCGGCCAUUUGUAAUUUCUAUCAAAUGGAAAUUCUCUACUUUAGGAAUUCUAUCAAAUAACAAUUCGUGUAAAUAAAAAUUCUGACACAUGGAAAUUCAAUAGUUUAAAAACUCUGACAUUAUAAAAUUCGAAUCAUCUAAAAUUCUACUGAAUGCGAAUUUUGAUAAAUUAAAAUUGGUUUAAAUUGUAAUUCUAUAAAAUAAAAAGUUGGAUAACAAAAAAUUUGGUAAAAUAAAAAUUAUAUUAAAUUAAAAUUCGGUACCUAAAAACUAUGUUAAAUAAAAUUUCGUUUACAAAGAAAGUAAUUUAAAUACUAAUUCGAAAAAUGAAAAUUCGUCUAAAUAGAAAUUCUAUCAAAUGAAAUUCAUACAAAUGAAAAUUCUAGCUAAUGAUUUUUAUCAGAUAAUCAUGCACCACAUUUAAUCCAUAUCAGUACUGAAUUCACAGUUUUCCUAAAAGUAUCAAAUUGAGCCCAAAAAUUGCAUCAAAUCUUUGCAACGUUUUGAUGCACAUAAGUUAUAUCAAAAAAGAAAUCGUUUUGUGU